AUGCGAGUUUUGGUCCUAGUCAGUGCGGUGCUGUCCAGGGUGCUGACCCAGACCGGACUGGACUCUCCAUCUAUAGAGUCAGGAGUGUCAGACAACAACUUCAUCUUCUAUGAAGACCUCAGACCAGACUCGCCUCCCUCCUGGACCUCAGACCAGGCCCACCUCUCUCUUGGACCUCAGAUGAAGACCUCAGACCAGACUUGCCUCUGUCCUGUACCUCAGACCAGACUCAUCUCCCUCCUGGACCUCAGACCAGACCUGCCUCCCUCCUGGACCUCAGACCAGACUCACCUCUCUCCUGGAUCUCAGAUGAAGACCUCAGACCAGACUCGCCUCCCUCCUGGACCUCAGACCAGACUCGCCUCCCUCCUGGACCUCAGACCAGGCCCACCUCUCUCUUGGACCUCAGAUGAAGACCUCAGACCAGACUUGCCUCUGUCCUAUGAAGACCGCAGACCAGACCCGCCUCCCUCCUGGACCUCAGAUGAAGACCUCAGACCGGACCCGCCUCCCUCCUGGACCUCAGGUGAAGACCUCAGACCGGACCCGCCUCCCUCCUGGACCUCAGGUGAAGACCUUAGACCGGACCCGCCUCCCUCCUGGACCUCAGGUGAAGACCUCAGACGGACCCGCCUCCCUCCUGGACCUCAAGAGCGGGGAUCUGUCUGCACGCUGUCCGCUAAUACGUGUACGCACCGGAGGGUGGUGGAUGAAGCCGUGACGGUCCCCCCCUCUGCCCCCCCUCGCUCUGCGCCGCCUCCCUCUGCCCCCCCUCCCUCUGCUCCCCCCUCCCUCUGCUCCCCCCUCCCUCUGCUCCCCCCUCCCUGUGAUAAAUGCCUCUAUGGAGGAUCCAGAGAGUCCUAA